AUGAGGCAAUUUUUUGGCACCACCAUUUUGGUACUCUUCUUAAACUUAUAUGUUUUACAAACUAAUGUGGUCAGUAACGAAAAUGUGAAUUUGAAAAAUCCCAAUUUGAGGAACGGCUGGGCAGGUAAAAAUCUCGCCCUGCAGGAUGAGCAAAGCGGUAUAGACGCAGAAGACGGCGGUGAAGAGAACACAUGUGAAGGCCAAAGCGAAUUGCUACAAAAAUCAGAAGCACAGGUGCAAACGCAAGGACAAGAAAUCAAGGCAACAGGGGAAUCAGAUGAUCCCAAAAAAAAAAAAAGUCCAAUUGAAAAAGCUAACGAAGCAAAAGAUAAUGCUCUAAAGGAACAAGAAGGAGCAGAAGCUGAAGUGAAAAAAAUAGAAGAAGCAGAAAAAAAAGUUGAAGGAGCAGAAGAAGGAAUAAAAAAUGCAGUGAAAAAAGCAAAAGAAGCAGCAGAAUUUGCAAAGAAUACAGCAACAGAAAAGGCAAAAAAAGCAAAAGAAAAAGCAGGGGAAAUAACAACUGCAUCAGCUAGUAUGGCAAGUUUCCACGCAAUUGUUGCUGAAAUGGCAAAAGAUGUUGCAAAGGCAGCAAAUGAAAAUGCUAAAAAGGCAGCCAGAAUAGCAACUCAUGUUGCAAAGGCAUAUGAAGCGAAAAAAGAAGCAGAAGAGGCUAAGACAAAGGCAGAAGAGGCUAAGAAAGAAGCAGAAAAGGCUCAGACAGAAGUAGAAGCGGCUAAGAAAGAAGCAGAAAAGGUUAUGGCAGAAGCAGAAAAGGCUAUGGCUGAAGCAAAUGAUGCAGCCCAAAAAUUAGUGGAAAAACCUGAAGGCAAAAAAACAGAAGAAAUGGAAUGGCUCGAAGAAGUGAAGAAGAAAGUAGACGAAGCAAUCGUAGAGAUACAGAAAUCGUUAGACACUGCAACACAAAAUGCAACAGCCGCCGGAAGUAAUGCAACUAAAGCUGCUACUGAAGCAAAUAAUGCAAUUCCAAACGAAGCAAAGACAGACAAAGAAAUGAAAGACAAUGCAAUAAUAAAGGAAGCAAAUGUAAAAGAUGUAGAAGAUACUGCUAACGAAGCAAUAAAAGCAGCGGAACAAGCCAAGAAAUCAAAAGCAAAAGCAGAAAUACUAGCAGGAAAAGCAAAAAUUCAAGUCGCAUUGGAAAUCGCAAAAAUAGCAGCAAAGGUAACUGGGCAAGCAAAAAAUGGGAUAGAUGAAUUAGCAAAAAUGGCAACAUCAGCAAAUACUCUUAAAAAAACAUCAACAGAAAAGGCAACUGAAGCAAGUAAAAAGGCAAAAGAAAUAGAAGCUUUAUUAAAAAAAAUAGAAGACAUAGCAAAGGAAGAAGAUAACCUAGUAGGAAAAGAGGAGGAAGCUAAAAAAAAAGUGCAGGAGGCGACCGAAGCAAAACAAGUAGCAAUAAAAGCAAAAGCAGAAGCAGAAAUAGCGGUAUUAGUUGCACGAGUGCAUCUAGCGAAACAAGAAGUAACCAGGUUAGUACAGUUAGCUGAUGAAGAGAAAAAUAAAGCAAAAAAAGCAGCAGAAACAGCAGAAAAUGCGAAAAACGCAGCAGAAAAAGUAUCAGAUAAAGUAUCUAAAAAUGUAAAAAAUGCAUCCGAAAUACUAGCGGCUGUAGAAUCUGCAAAAACGGAAGCACAAACUGCGAAAACAGAAGGAAAAAAUGCUGAAAUGGAAGCAGCAGACGCAGUAGAAGAAGCAUUAAUGUUAGAAUAUCUGUUAUCAAAGGCAACAGAUGCAGCCAAUAAAGCAAAAGAAGCAAAUGGAGAUAAUAUAACAAGUACAUUGGAAACAGCACAACAAGAUGCAUUAAAAACGCUGGGACAAGCCGACCACAUAGCAAUGGAAACAUUCAAUCUAACGCAGAAAGCAAUAGAAGCUUCUAAAAAGGCACAAAAAGCAGCAGAAGUAGCAAAAGCAGAAGCAGCAAAAGCAGAAGCAUAUAAAGCAAUAGAAGAAGUAAAAAAAGAGGAACAAAAAAUAAAACAAUUAGUUGCAAAAGCAAAGGAAUCCAAAGCAACAGAAGAAGUAAAAGCAGCUGAAGCGGCAGAGAAGGUAGCAAAAGCUGAAGUAGAUAAAGCAACAAGUGAAGCAGAAAAGGCAAAAACUGCAGCAGGUGAGGCAAAAAAUGCAAGUACACUGGAAGCAGCCAAAGCAAAAGCAAUGAACGCAAUAAACGCAUUAAAAGAAGCAAGAACGUCGAUAUAUAAAACAGAAUAUGAAUACUUGAAACUGAUAAAGCAAGACGUAUUAGAACCAUUGAAAGUAUCUACAGAGGCAAGUGAUAACGUAUUCGAUAAAAAUGAACAGGUGGCACAGGAAGUCGAAGAUCGGGGAAGUGAAGAAAACGAUGCUGCAGAGGAAGACGCAGCACCAUCAGACGUUGAAGAAGAUGAAGGAGAGUUGGAAGAUGAAGAAGAGGAAGAAGAGGAAGUAGAACAACUAGAACAACCACAGGAACAGCAAACUGAUGCGAGCUCAAAAGAUAAGGGCACAGCCGAAACGCAAAAAAGCGAAGACGUGUUAGAUGACGAGGGGGCCCAUAAAUUACUUGCAGGGGAGCUUAACACUGCUAACAAAAGCAAUAAUGCAGAAAACGCCCUCUUCAAAACGGUGUUUGAUGAGGUCAGAGAUGAUACUAUCCAAAAUUUAAAGCAAGACGUGGGCCAGUUUUUUAAAGGUAAAGAAAAAUGA